AUGCCAGUAACAGGACGAAUAGAUUCAUUUAAUUAUGAAACCUAUUUUCGAAUGAUAAGUGAACUUGAGUGUAUAUCAAUUUGUCUUCAAUAUUCAUCACCAUUAUGUUAUGCUAUAUCAUAUGAAAGUUUUCGUCAAGAAUGUCGAAUUAUAACAGAAUCUGUAUCAUCAUCAUUUAUUCCAAAUCAAUUAUAUCUUGAUUGGCAAUCGACAUUCGAAGAUCUUCAUCAAUAUAAAGAAGCUGUUGAUAGAUCUCGUCGUGCUUUUGGAUGUGAUCAUGCUGAAGUAAAAGUAAAUCAAGGUGAUCUUGAUUUAUUAAAUUGGAUUAAUGUAAAAAGUGUUUAA